CUGUGAAAUCAAAAGUUGGUUGGCUGCUUGACGUGUCAAGGUGUUGACGACAUGUGCUAGAUGCUUUGAGCAGCUGAAACGAAACAGCAGGGGAUGACCGAUGUCCACUUCUCCGAACCCUUUGCGUGGCGCUUGACGACUUACUAUUACAGUCCAAACAUUCAAAUCCGCAAUGGCUGCUCGUGCUAUCCUUCGACCACAACUACUUGCUUUGAAUAGAGUCUUCAAUCCUUCUAUCACCACUCUCAAUCCUGUCCAGCAUGGUACUAGGGUAGGAGGCGAAUCCGCCCAUGCAUUGACGGUCCAACUACCCGUCAGACAUCUUCGAACGUCGUCGAUAGCCGACCUCCAAAGUGCAUUCCGCGACCCAACUUCACCAUACCACCUCCCUCCGGGCGCACAAGGACCCGCACACCCAGAUGACCAUGGAAUCGAAGAGUCUGAACCUGUUUCUGCCGCAGAAGAGGCAAAGGCGACAUUCAUUCAGCAAGGAUAUGAUCCAUCCAGUUUUUGGGAGCAGAGCAUUGUCUGGGGUGACCAUGAUGCGUUUCAACACGUCAAUAACGUACGAUAUGUCCGAUUCUUUGAGUCUGGAAGGAUGGUGUGGAUAAAUGCCGUUGGGAACACGCUCGGAGGACCCGAGAAGGCGAAUGGCAUGUUGUCCGCGAAGGGUAUCUCCUUCAUUCUGAAAUCCAUCGAGGUCAAGUUCAGAAGACCUGUGCGAUUCCCUGACACGCUCCUCAUCGCGCACAGGGUCGAACGCUGGCCAGACGCCCCUAGUACCUCGUCAUCAUCGUCGAAGUCCUCACCACCACUCACGCGCACUCAGUUCUACCUUCACGGAGCGGCGUACUCGUAUGCGCAAAGGGCGGUAGUCGCGGAUUCGACGAGUGUGAUUACGUGGUAUGAUUAUGACAAGUUGAAGAAAUGCGAUCCUGGUGACGAGGCAUGGGCUGCGCUGUUCGAGAGGAUGCAGUGAUCACAGAGGUCGCUUCUCUGCAGUCGUCCGAUGCUUCUAGGCGGCUUAUGGCCGUCGUGAAUCCCUUCUGACAUUAUCAAGCUAUAUUCAGAUUGU